AUGGCCGCGAUAACUUGCCCUGAAGAACCCCCAGUCAUCGACUUCGGACAUCUAGAUGGAUUCAACCGCGGCUAUGAGCCCCUCCGAGCUCAGAACUUCGAAAAGCGAACAAAAGGAGACCUUAAGGAAGGCUUCUAUCUAGGCAAGAAUCUAAAUCUUGAUGACCCGUUCGUUGUCGCGAAGAGAUUUGGCCAAGGGCCUAACAAGUACCCCGCUGAGGUUGAGAAUCCGAAAUCGUUUCAAUCUAUUAUGGAGGAGUACCAUGAGUCCAUGACAGAGCUCGCGAUAGGUCUACUCACCGUGAUUGAGUGGACGCUUGGUCUUGAGGAAGGCUAUUCUAGUUCAUUCUAUGAAAAGCCUGUGGCUGCGCUUCGGCUAUUGCACUAUCCACCACAGGAUCCAGCUACCGCAGAAACAGAACCUGGCAUAGGCGCGCAUACCGAUUUCGGAGCCGUCACGAUGCUUCUUCAGGAUGAAACAGGCGGACUCCAGGUCUGGAAUGACGGUUCUAAGGAAUGGGUGGAUGUUACACCUCGCCCUGGUGCUUAUGUGGUCAACUUGGGGAACAUGAUGAUGCGUUGGACGAAUGAUCGAUACCUAUCAAAUUUGCAUCGGGUGAUCAAUCGAAGUGGGAAAGAAAGGUUCAGUGUGCCGUUUUUCUUCUCUGGAAAUCCGGAUUAUGUUGUUGAGUGUCUUCCGGAGUGUAUGGAUGCGGUGGAAGGUGCUAAAUAUCCGCCUAUGACUGUCCACGACUGGAUGACUGGACGUUUUGCCGACACCUAUGGAUCAUCGAAGGAGGCUGCCAUGGGGGAUUUGAGGGAGGACGUGAUUUCGGAGAGUAGGUGA